GAGCGGCCCUUCCCAUGCUCACAUGUGAUCCAGCCGCCACACAAUUCAGACCAUCUCUCUUGUGAGAAAACUUCCCGCCGCUGUAUGGAUACGAGAGAAAGCUUUGAUUACGGGCGGGAAAGCGACAGGUAGAAAACUUUGCUUGACGUUAGAUUGAGCCCUCUGUGGCUCAUUUGGAUAUGAACAAAUGAACUCUCCUCUUCUUUGAUUUUGUCAGCUAAGAAGGAUCUAUUGCUUUGCUUUGCUUUGGCGCUUUGGCCAAUUCUACGUUGCCCUGUCGCGUCAUGACUUCCAGUUAUGCACACGUACUGGACAGGCAGGCCACGGUCGCAAACCGCCUGGAGAGCCCCAUCUCGUCCAACCUGGAUAACUUGCAAGCCAAAAAGAACUUCUCCGUAAGUCACCUGUUGGAUCUGGAAGAAGCUGGGGAAAUGGUGGGCAACCAGGCGGACGAGAGCGUCGGGGAAGCCGGGAGAAGCAUGCUGGAGUCCCCGGGACUGACGAGCGGAAGCGACACCAACCAACAGGACAAUGAGCAGAUGAACACGGAGGAAAAGAAGAAGCGGAAGCAGCGCAGGAACAGAACCACCUUUAACAGCAGCCAGCUCCAGGCUCUUGAGAGAGUCUUUGAAAGAACGCACUACCCCGACGCGUUUGUUCGAGAAGACCUGGCCCGCCGGGUCAACCUUACUGAGGCCAGAGUGCAGGUUUGGUUUCAAAAUAGGCGAGCUAAGUUUCGGCGAAACGAGCGCGCUAUGCUGGCUAGCAAGAACGCUUCGCUCCUGAAAUCCUACUCCGGAGAGGUCACGGCAGUGGAGCAGCCCAUCGUCCCACGCCCUGCGCCGCGGCCAAACGAUUAUCUUUCCUGGGGUAGCGCCGCUCCGUACAGCGCCAUGGCCACCUACCCGCCGACUUGCUCCAACACUAACGCGUCCCAGGGAAUGAACAUGGCAAACAGCAUUGCCAACCUGCGGCUCAAAGCAAAGGAGUACAGCUUGAACCAGGUUCCCACGGUGAACUGAAAGCUACUACCCCGUGUGCGUGCCUGCGUGCGCCAAUAUCCGUUUGGGGACGGACCUUCAAAACCACUGGACCCACCCCAACAGACAACCAUCUUUUUUGGAAAGAGUUUCAUCCCACAUAAUCCGGAGUUUUCUGCUUUUUUUUUUUUUUUACUUUCAAAAUUCGGUGAGAUCAAUUUUUGCACAACAAAUGCAAAAUGUGGUCACCGAGUGACGCAAAAAAACGUUUUACUCCAAGACUUUGUUUGUCUUACAAACCACUGUUUAUACUAAAGACAUCUCAACUUGAUGUUGUAAUCAAAUAUCUGUGUAGUUUUGUUAUCGUGACUGGUACGGAAGAUGGUUUUUUCCCCCCAUUCGUUUUGUGCCGUUUCGGGCACAGAAGGAGCGAGAGUCAAAUGACGCCCUCUGACGACUUUUUUUCCCCCCUGUACUUUUAAACAGUAUUAGUAACCGCUAUGGUUCUGACUGCAUUUUUGAUUUGAUUCUCCACGUUAUACCAACGACAACCCCAAGUUUUCAAUAUACACGAGAGGCUGUUGUAUCGCCGAGUAGAUCAUUUUGAUGUUCAUUCAUUCAUUGUAACAGAAAAAAAUAUGUAUAUUAAUAAAAACAUGGAUUUCAAGCAAUAAA